AUUAGAGUGAAAUUUCAUUGGCUUAAAAAGUAAAAGUGGGAAUUUUUAAGAUUCCUUUUCUUUUUUUUUUUUUUUUUUUUUCUUUCUAACCCCCUUUCUCCUUUUUGAUGAUCCUCAUGAGGGUUGGAAAUUUCUACUUUAUUAUUAUUAUUAUUAUUAUAAAUACUUAUUCUCCUCUUUUUUUUUUAUGUCAGGAGGUCAAAACAAGUAGGCAAUUAUAUUAACCUAAAGAUUUUAGCCACUAACGGUGUAACCACAUUGAUGAAUAAUGUUGAACUGUAAGCGGAAUUUUUGAUCUAUUAGGCGGUAAAAAAAAAAAAAAAAAAAUUCUUGUUUGUUGAAUGUUUCUCUUUCAAUAAUAUAAAUCUUCUUUUUUUUCUUCUCACUUUCACUAUGAUGAUCAUUUUACAUAUGAUAAUUCUAUUUAUAUCACAAACUAUAAUGGCGCAAUUAUGGUGGAACACGCCAUUUUCAAAUCAAGUUAUUCAACAAGUAACAGAUCAUGGAUUAGAUCUUUUCAAUGGAUUACAAUUAAAACAAAAGGAUUGUUUUAAAAAAGCAACAUUAUCAUUAGAAAAAGAAUGUCAACAAAUUGGAUUUGAUCAACAAAAUCAAAUGAAAUAUGCAUUGAUGUUGACUUUAUGUGAACUUGAAACUGCUCAAAUAUCAAUCCCAUUGGAAUGUCAUCAUCCUACUUUAUACUUACAAGUUUGUAUUACAAAACUAGCAUCUAUUCCCCAAACAUGGACAACUUAUAGUGGUUAUUUUCGAGAUGUAUCUACCAUUUGUUUUGCUAUACGUUAUCCUCUAGAAAAAGAAUUACUUCAACAAGCACAACAAAAUAUGACAUUAUAUCAAACUAAAUAUUAUAAUAUGUUACAACAACAACAAUUGGAUAUGAUCGAAUGGAGAAAUCAAGAAAUGAAACUUUUAGAUACUAUAAGAUUACAACAAUUUGAAUUAUGGUCAGAAUUUAAUCAUUUACAGGACCACUCAUCUGAUGAAAUGAAUGAUUUGAUAUCCAUCAUUCGGGAGACAAAACAUCAUGCUUCUGACAUCUAUGCAAAUCAACAAAUGUUAACAAAAGCAAAUCAACAUUAUUUUAAUCAAAUCAAUCAAUAUUUGAUCAAUAUACUCAAUCAUACCAAUCAUGAAUUUACUUCUAUUUAUACAAAAAUGGAAAUCAUGUCCUUAUGGCAAAACGAAACAAUGACAAAAUGGUUACAUUGGCAGGAAGUACAGCAUCAACUUGUUCAACAAUGGCAAACAUCUGUAAAUGAUGCAAAUCAAACAUUAUCUCAUCUUUUGGAUAUGACAGAACAUCAAUUGAAAUCAGUGCAGUAUGAUAUCAAUAAUAUUCAAACUGAUCUUAGGUUUAUCAUCCAGCCAAUCCAAUGGUUAUAUAGUUGUAUGCUCGAAUUAUUUUACUAUACAUACUAUAUCAAAUCUACUUUUGGAUGGAUAUCUAAUCUAAUAUGCUUCUGUCUUAUGAUCAAAUCGCUAUAUGAUUGCCAACAACAAUACUAUCCAAUUUUGCUAUUGCCUUUAGGGAAACCGGUACAACUCUUGACACAUGAAGAUCACAGUCAGCAUAUCUCCACGACUAUUGGUUCUACAGAAUACACCGAUAGAUUAGAAUUAUAUUAUCGUUUAGUUAGUGAUGAAUGAUAACAACAAUAAAAAAAUAUGAUAUUCUUUUA